UUCAGAUUCUUUCCCCGUUAUUGAUUUCCUUUCUAAACGUCCCCUAAAAAUCAUUUCUCUCUCUAAAAUUGUUUUUUUUUUAAUUUAACUUGGUUUGUGCAAUUUUCCAAAAAAAAUUGGUUCCUUCAAGACUCUACGAAUACGACAAAAAAUAUGAUCGUUCCGAGCCUCGUCUUGACGAAGUAGGGCAGAACAAAGCAAAGAUCUGAGUUGGAGUGGAGUGGCUGACUGAACUGGAGGGGACCGGAGCAGCGCGGAACUGGGCGUCGGAUCUGAGCGUCGUUGAAUCUGAGGGGAACUGAGCGUCAUCGAACGGAUCGGCGGAUCUGAGUAACACGAACUGGGAGUCUUCAAACGGAACGAGUCGGGUACGGGUCGUCUGGUCAGAGUUCGUGAAGAUUGAGGGGGCGACGGCUAGGAAUCUCCUCUCUUUGAAUAGGCAAUGUCUUCCUACGAUAAUGUUGUUGGUGGGAAGUUGAAGCUUAAAGGGAAAGCUCUUGAUGUGAAAGUAGGUGGGGUGAAGAAGAAAAAGAAACUUAAAAAGAAUCAAGAUCAAAUAUCUCGAGAACUGGAAAAUGAGCAUCCAGCAGGAGGAAGUGCUGCAAGUGGUGAAGAGCCAAGUGAUGCGAAUGAGGAAGAAAUAGAUGAAGCCAACAAGUCAACUGAAGAAGGGAAGGUUCCUCACUAUGAUGAUCAUCUAACACCGGCGGAAAGACGUUAUAUUGAACAGAAGGAGAGAAUUGAUGUUCAUAGACUGGCUAAGAAAGCUAAUAAAUCUCAUCGCGACCGAAUCCAGGACUUUAAUCAAUAUCUAGCAAACAUGAGUGAGCAUUAUGACAUUCCCAAAGUUGGUCCUGGCUGAUUCUUUUUCUUAGUUUCAAAUUUGUGGAUGAGAUGUAUUGAGUAGUGGCCAGACCCUACUUGAACCGAAUUGUAUUAAUGUUAGCAGAAGGAACAAACUGCUGUUUAUUAGUGGAUGAUGUGUACUUGUUGGUAUAGAUAUGGCUAUUGAAACUUCAGACUUCAGUUGAAAUCUACAUCUAAACUGCUUCCUAGUUCC